GGGUUCUGCGUCUUCCAGACGACGGAAAUGGCGACAAAUUGUGCGUUCCAUUGCAGACAGCCAACCAAUGAGUGGUGGCAGCGCUGAUUGUGUUCCACCAAUAAGGAGAGUGCAAAUGGGCGGAGGGAGGCUGCUUCCUGGAGACCACAGGUGUGGAAGCGAGCGCUGCGCCCCGGGCCGGACGGGCCUCUGAAGUUGACAGGAUGAAUGUGGGGGUGGCACACAGUGAAGUAAAUCCCAACACUCGAGUGAUGAAUAGCCGUGGCAUCUGGCUGGCCUACAUCAUCUUGGUAGGACUGCUGCAUGUGGUUCUACUUAGCAUCCCCUUCUUCAGCAUUCCUGUUGUCUGGACCCUGACCAACGUCAUCCAUAACUUGGCUAUGUACGUCUUUCUACAUACGGUGAAAGGGACACCCUUUGAGACCCCUGACCAAGGAAAGGCACGACUCCUGACACACUGGGAGCAAAUGGACUAUGGGCUCCAGUUUACCUCUUCCCGCAAGUUCCUUAGCAUCUCUCCUAUUGUACUCUACCUCCUGGCCAGCUUCUACACCAAGUAUGAUGCUGCUCACUUCUUAAUCAACACAGCCUCACUGCUCAGUGUACUGCUGCCUAAGUUGCCCCAGUUCCAUGGGGUUCGUCUCUUUGGGAUCAACAAGUACUGAGGGAGGUGACUGCAGACAGGCAUGGAGAAGACAUUGGAACAAACGGCUACAAAUCCUUCCUUCUUCUUCAUAUUGUACAACCCUUCUCAAACUCCCAGAAAAAGAAGAGAUUGGAAAAUGGGGCUGCCUGGGUCCAGCCCUGCUAGGAGCAGGUUUCUUUGAAUCAGGAAAGGCAGGUGAGACAAGGGCCAAAUCCUUCUCCUCCACAGCAGGAAGCCAUGUUUGGGCAGUUGUUUGUUGAUUAAAAUUUUCCAUAUCUUCUUCACACACCUCUUUUGCAGCUCUGUUUUGCUGUGUAUUUUCCUUAUAAUAAAGAUAAUUUUUUUCAGAUAUGGCUA